CAAUACAGAAUUUGAAUUAUCUGAACUUGAUUCAGAUGAUUCUGAAUAUACCCGUAAAAUUAAUAUUGAUAAUAAUAUACAAACUAUCAUUCAGUAUCAUCAAGAGCUAAACAAUAAUGGUAAAUGCAUUCAUGAAUCUAAGAAAUAUUUAGUUGGUGAAAAUUAUUUGUUUGAAGAUUAUGUAUUGAAUAUUGGUAAAGAUUUAUUAAAAAUUAAAAAAGCAAAAAUUAAUAUAGAGUCUAGUUCAGUAGAUAAAUUAGAUAAAAAUAAUUCUUUAUACCAGGUUUAA